UAAAGAAGAAAAACCAUAUACCAAAAGUCAAAAUUGGCGAUGUUGAUCUUGAAGAGCCUCUGAAACUGAAAGCACAUCACUUUUCGCCUAUUCCAGUAUUUGGGUCCUUUGUGGAUUGAAGGGUUCUCUGGGUUUUGCUGUGUUUGAUGAGCUCAACUUCGUGGUGGUGGUGGUGAUUGCUGAUUAGUGGGUUUGCUGGUACGAGUCACACAACAGUGAUCGAAGCUUUGUUGGUUCAGAAGAUGCUAAGCCAGUGGUGGCUGUGAUGCCGAACUUCUCCCUUUCUCUGAGUCAGCAACCAAAUCUGGUUUCAAUUUCAAAUGGUCAUCUCCUGGGAAAAGUUUAUUUUGCCUUUUGAUAAGAGUCAUUAGCAACUUUUUCUAGCACAAAUCAACCUGCAGUUAGGACUGGACCGUGAGACAUUGGCAUCACAAAAGAGUCAGCAAUUAAAUCUGAUUUCAAUCUCAAGUUGACAUUGGCAGAACUGGGGAGAAUCCAUGAUGACUGAAGUUAGUCCUAGGACUGAUACUUCAACAGACGCAGACACUGAAGAUAAGAAUUCGGGGUUUCAAAAUGAUCACUCUCUGCAAAUUGUUGGUUCUGAUGCCAGUGACAAGUCAAGGGAUCAAAAGACGCUUCGUAGGCUUGCACAAAAUCGUGAGGCUGCGAGAAAGAGCCGUUUAAGGAAAAAAGCUUAUGUCCAACAGCUAGAGAGUAGCAGAAUGAAGUUGACCCAACUUGAGCAGGAGCUUCAACGCGCUCGGCAGCAGGGCAUUUUCAUUUCAAGUGCGGGAGAUCAGUCUCAGUCGAUGACUGGAAAUGGAGCCUUGGUUUUUGAUGUGGAAUAUGCACGGUGGUUGGAAGAGCAAAACCGACGAAUCAAUGAGCUUAGAGGAGCUGUCAACUCCCAUGCAGGUGAUGGUGAACUUCGUAUCAUUGUGGAUGGCAUCUUGGCACAUUAUGAUGAUAUCUUCAGGAUAAAAGGUGAUGCUGCAAAAGCUGAUGUCUUCCAUAUAUUGUCUGGCAUGUGGAAGACACCUGCAGAGAGGUGUUUUUUAUGGCUUGGUGGGUUCCGAUCAUCUGAACUGCUUAAGCUACUUAAAAAUCAACUGGAUCCUUUGACCGAGCAGCAGCUGGCGGGCAUUACAAACUUGCAGCAGUCCUCCCAACAGGCAGAAGAUGCCCUGUCUCAGGGGAUGGAGGCAUUGCUACAGUCCUUAGCAGAUACUUUGGCUGGAUCACUAGGCCCCUCUAGCUCAUCAGAGAAUGUUGCAAACUACAUGGGUCAAAUGGCAAUGGCAAUGGGGAAGCUAGGAACUCUUGAAGGCUUCAUACGACAGGCCGACAAUCUGCGGCAACAAACAUUGCAACAAAUGCACCGUAUAUUGACAACCCGCCAAUCAGCUCGUGCGCUCCUCGCUAUAACUGACUAUUUCUCUAGGCUUCGAGCUCUUAGUUCUCUCUGGCUUGCCCGUCCCCGGGAAUGAGGUGAAGAGUUGUUGAGAAUAUGGUGCAUCCUGCUGAAAUUGUGCAUAUGAUUCAGAAAUCUGCCUGAGCUUGUUUCUAAUCCAAAAUAGGUGACCCUGGUGUUCAUCAGUAACAGCAUAGUUGUUGGGAGUUGGGACCCAUUCCUGUUCAGUGAUAUUCCCUUUGUUGUACAAUUGCUGAGUCUUCUUCCCUCUCCAGCUUGUAUCAUUCUGGAAGAGUUGCUGUCUUUUUUUUUUUCCUUUUUCCUUUUUUUUCUUUUUCUUUUUCUUUUUCUAAAUAUAAAUAUUUAACUAACUAAAUUAGUAUUUGGUAUUUAUUGUGCUCAAUGGUAUUACAGUCAGUUAUAAAAUUUUAGUUGGAAUUUUAGAACAUUCAAA